AUGUGCGACCCCGAGGUGCCGGCGGGGGCCGAGCGCCCCGGCGCCACUGCCGCCUGCCGCCCCGCGCAAGAGCCGCUGUUUAAACCGAAGCCACUAUUCUUGAAGUUGUUAAAAUUUGCUGGUGCCCCAAAAGACACUUUAACAAUGAUAGAGGUAAUAAUCUAUCUUGGUCGAUAUAUUAUAUCUAAACAAUUAUAUGAUGAAAAACAGCGGGAUAUUGUCCACUGUGCAGAUGAUCCUCUUGGAGAUCUAUUUGGGGAACCAAGCUUUUCGGUAAAAGAACCGAGGAAAAUAUACUCAGUGGUUUUGAGAAACUUGAUAGCAGUCAGUCAACAAGUGUGUAUGGAAAUAAUCCCAUAUCAGAGUGAGACCUGCGGCCAAACUGAACAAGGCAAUGUUCCAAAGGAAUCCAUGCAAGAGUUAGCUGACGAGGAGCAGACUUCCCCAGAUUUGGCUGCUAAACCAACUGCCUCUUCUAGGAGGGCGCUCGGUGAAUCCGAAGAAAGUCCUUCAGAUGGACAAUCUAGUGAAGAAAGACAACGGCAUAAUUCAGCCAGCAUUUCGGUCACAUGUGAUGAAAGCCUUUCUCAGGGUGUUACAAGUGAGCUAUCCCGUGAAGGAAGCGACAGCGGCCACUCACUAGACUCUGCAGGUUCUGUAAGCAAGGAUCUUCAUGCCAGUUCAUGAAGCAAAAACUCUGAUGUUUGAUUUGACCAGGAUUGUGUUUCAGACCAGUUCAGUGUUGAGUAUGAAGUUGAGUCCAUUUCUUCCGAAGAUUAUAGCCAUAAUGAAGAAGGAGAAGAGUUCACAGAUGAAGAUGAUGAGGUAUGUCCAAUGAUGAUUGAUCAGAGUGAAGAGAGUGAUGCUGAUUCAGUUGAUGAAGAUCCUGAAAUUUCACUGGCCGAUUGUUGGAAGUGCACUAAAUGCAAUGAAAUGAACCCUCCCUUUCCACAGCAUUCCCCCAAAUGCUGUUCUCUUCAUGAGCACUGGCUUCCUGAUGGACAGAAUGACCUAUCUGAAAAGCGAAAAUUGGAAAGUUCCACACAGCUAGAGCGUGAAGAGGGUUUUGAUGUUCCCGACUGUAAGAAAGUGAAAGCGAAUGAAGAUAAAGAACUGAGUGUUGAAGACAGUAAAGAUACAGCAGCACGACCUUCUGAAUCCAAGGAAAGUGAAGAAUACUCUCAGCCAUCUACAUCUAGGAGUCUCUUUUGUAGCAGCCAAGAGGAUUGCAAAGAACCUGAGAAAAAAGAGACAGAAGACACAGAGGAUAGUGUGGAAUGCAGCCUACCCCCUUCCAGCACAGAGCCCUGUGUCAUAUGUCAGAGCAGACCUAAAAAUGGCUGCAUAGUUCAUGGCAAGACAGGACAUCUUAUGUUGUGUUUUACUUGUGCAAGGAAACUGAAGAAGCGGGAUAAACCCUGUCCGGUCUGCAGAGAGCCAAUUCAGAUGAUUGUGCUAAUUUACUUUAAUUAG